AUGGCAAACACGCCAAAAACCGCCAGCAGAAACUCCGACGCAAGUUCGCUAGGUGUGUACGUCGAUAGCAACAACAACGCCGAACAGACAGACGGACGGCUUGCUAGGUUCUACGUCGACGAGCACCGGAGCGCCGAUAUAACGAGCCCGAAAGACACAAUGGACGACGCCGCGGCGCGGAUAGCGGAUAACAUCCAAGCUGCAUCGAUAUACGGCCAGCGGUCUCACGGGUUUGGACCGGGGACUCAACACCAUCUCGACGGCCUUGACGGGGUCGACUCAGACACUGCGAGCAUCUCUACGGAUGUCGUGAAUCCGGAGCGAGAAAUCAAAGAAAGGAGACUAGGGCGUCCGCAGCUACCUCCUAUACCAGACCUGCGAUUCCAACAGAGCUAUCUUGCGAGCAUCUCAAAGGCUUCGAGCUGGCAGCAUGUUGCUUGGAUCACACUGAGAGAUCAGAUUCUAUUACCUCUUCUACAAGGCGCUUUUGUCACACUUGCGAUGGCCGGAUGGCGGCACUGGACCCGCGGAGCUCGGGCUAGUGGAAGAGCAACAGGCCUAAGUCUACGCCAGCUAUGGUUCAAAUUGACAAACUGGAGGAUGGCAGAGAUAUGA